AUGCUUUGGGUCACUCAACCUCGCCAGUGCUCCACCAUGCCUGCCACCACCUCGGUCGAUUUGGUUCCCAGUUCGCCGGUCUCGGACAUUGACUCUCUCGUCUUUGAUUCGAGUUCGGAAGGUGUUCAUACCCCCUACGAACAGCGUUCUCCGGCGGGUCCCACAUUUGACGGAGUCAAAAGCAUAGCAUCUGUUGGAGUUGCUGUUCAUUCGCCUCCAGCGCGCUUUGUUGGUACGCCAUUUGCCACAGGAACUGGCCCAGGCUCUCCAUUUGAAUAUCCGUUCCCAGCCACUCGCCCAACCCUCUCGAAUCUGUCAUCAAUCUCGUCGAUUUCAUCAUCUCUACUUGGUCCACCCUCCCCUACCACUCGUGCUCGCUUUAUACCUCGUAUUUUGCCACAGCAAGCCUCCAAGCGACGAGGAUCGGGAGGCGCCCCUCAAGUACGAAUACCUCCACGGCUGCGGACAGAUAGCGGGGGGAGCGUGUGUUCAAAUGCAAGUCAGGCUGUAGAUACAUCGGACUCCACCAGCAAGUUCACCUCCUCAAGAGUUCUCUCCUUAUCUCGGCCAAUACUUACCCAUUCCCGACUUCGUGACCGGUCCGGCAGUCUUGGCGUAUUACCCAUUAUAUUACCUCCCCCUGCCAUUACAGCCGUUGGAGUAGUUGGACCAGCCCGCUCGACUUCACCUAUUGCCAUAUCCGAGGCUAUAGAUUAUACCAGACCUGUCACCAGCUUAACACCUGAAUCGGAAGGGGAGGAAAACGAGAGCGAGGAGGAGAUGAAUGCCGCGCCCACUGGGCAUCGACGGGCGAGUUUACCUGCCGCAUUUGCGCCUCGACCGAGCGCCGAACCAGGUUGUGAUUCCGACAUGGAAGAUUCGGAUGACCGACCGGGUUCUUCUACUCCUCAGGGUGUCCUUACCCAAUAG